GGCGCCUCGCUGAUAGGAGUGUACAAAGUAGUAGAAUGUUUGGGAAACUUUACAGAACGCUAAUUUUUAUUCUCUUUUUCUGCCAUGAGCCCAGUGAUGCUCAAAGGAAGAAAGAGACUUUGCUAUCGGAGAAGGUGACUCAGAUGAUGGACUGGACCUCGAAGCGAUCAGUCAUCAGAAUGAAUGGAGAUAAAUUUCGUCGCUUUGUCAAGGCUCCUCCAAGAAACUACUCCGUGUUCAUCAUGUUCACAGCGCUACAGCCGCAGAGGCAAUGUGGCGUUUGCAAACAAGCUGACGAGGAGUUCCAUGUGCUGGCUAACUCCUGGCAUUAUUCCUCUGCCUUUACUAACAGAAUCUUCUUUGCAUCAGUGGAUUUUGAUGAAGGAUCUGAUGUAUUUCAGAUGCUCAAUAUGAACUCUGCUCCAACAUUCCUCCACUUCCCACCCAAAGGGAAACCUCGCCGAUCAGACAACUAUGAGUUGCAGGUCAGAGGGUUUUCUGCUGACCAGUUGGCCAGAUGGGUGGCAGACAGGACAGAUGUUCAAAUUCGGGUCAUUCGUCCACCCAACUAUGCAGGGCCUCUCUUGUUGGGCUUUCUCUUGGCUGUGAUUGGUGGACUGGCAUAUCUACGAAGGAAUAAUUUGGAAUUUCUUUUUAACAAGAAUGUUUGGGCCUUUUCUGCACUGUGUUUUGCCUUGAUAAUGACUUCUGGCCAAAUGUGGAACCAUAUCAGAGGACCACCAUAUGCACACAAGAACCCCAAUACCGGACAAGUGAGUUACAUCCAUGGGAGCAGCCAAGCCCAGUUUGUGGCCGAGACGCACAUUGUCCUACUCUUCAACGGAGCAGUUACUGCUGGGAUAAUUCUGCUCUGUGAGGCUGCCACUUCGGACAUUGACACUGGAAGGAAGAAAAGAGAAUUAACGCAAGGAGAGCUGUAUUCAGCAAUCAAGAAAGCGAGAGAGCAGACAGAGGCUGGAGAUUCCAGCACAACUACAGCCUUCAGUGGGGAGAUGCACUUCUAUGAAUUGGUGGAGGACACUAAAGAUGGAAUUUGGCUGGUUCAGGUUGUAGCCCAGGACCAGGAAGCUGUGUUCAGUCAAACGAACUGGGGAAAAAUGGUGCUGAAGCUGUCUCAGUUUGGAAUCAGAACUGGAACCUUCAACUGCUCCACUGACUUUAGGUCAUGUAUGAAACGUGGUUGGCAACGCUCAAUGGUCAUCAUGUCUGCUCCUCAAACUUCAGCUUCAAAGGGUAAAGUGAUGCUAAAAGAAUAUGUUGGACAGUACAUUGAAACUGAACACAUCUUUCGGUGGAUGACCUCCCACCUGGCUCGUCGAAUCAAAACUGUACGUCAGUCUGCCCAACUAGUUGAGGAGUGGCACGCUGACCCAGCUCAUCCAAUCAAGAUGUUUCUGUUCACCCAUCUGGCCCAACCUCCUGCCUUCUUCUCCUCACUGUCUGUUAAGUUCACUGGCAGAAUCAAGUUUAUUUUUGUGGAUGUACAUCACUGGGACAACCGGAGCACCCUCUUAGAUAUUGGUGUGACACAGAGCCCUUCUUACAUACUUAAGAUGCCAGAGGGUAUCUAUCACUAUGGUAACAGUACUGGGGAGUUUCUGUCUCUUGCUGCCAUGGAUACAUUCCUGCGUUCAGUCCAGCCAGAAGUCAAUGACCUGUUCAUCCUCAGCCUGGUACUCAUAAAUUUGCUGGCCUGGAUGGACUUCUUCAUUACACAGGGAGCAACAAUCAAGCGAUUUGUUGUUCUGAUCAGAACACUUGGAACCUACAACUCCAUAUUGCUGGUGUCUUGGCUUCCUGUUUUGGGUCUCAUUCAACUCUCCUAUCUGGACAAACUGUAUUAUUACAGUCUGAAGCUGAUUCGUUAUGCAGACACCACCACAUUCGCAAGUUUAGUCAGGGCUGACUGGACCUUUUACUCAUCCCAUCCAGCUCUCUUUCUGUCCACCUACCUGGCUCAUGGCCUGUUGAUUGACUACGUUGAGAGGAAACGCCAUUGUGGUACAAGGAACCAAGAGAACUCCACGACCAACCUCGAGUGGCUAGCCAGUUUGUGGGACUGGUACAUUUCCUUUCUGCUUCACCCUAUUACAUUAGUGCAACAGUUCCCUUCUGAUCUUUCAGAGUGGGAAGAUGAUCCCAGCUUUUUAUUUGAGAGUUUGGCUUUCCCAGAUCUCUGGCUUCACCCACUAGUAAAUGUAGACUACUUAAAAUAUCUUCCAACCUGGAAAGUUAAAACUGUUUGCCAUCAAGGCCAGUCUGUGUCUUGUUUCCAUCAAGAUGGUGAACAGGAUAGACUGCAAUCAAACAUAAACUGCCAGAAAAUCACAGAUUCCUCACCUCCAAGCAUAAACACACUUCCACACAGUAGUUUAAGGCAAAUAGGAUCUUUGUGCAAUCAGGACAACAGGCUCAAUAUUUUGUGUAGGGACCAAAAUAUCAACAAUAGUCAAUUUGUAAAGUGUGUUUCUCUUUGCCCAUCUUGCUGUUGCUGUAGAAAUGAAAGCUUCCAAAAAAUCGACAGAUUUCUUGAGGAUGGUAGCAUCAUUCCUGUAAGAGUUUCUGUUGCUCAGGUAACAGAAACUCCUGUGUGGCCCAAUGACAUGAUUCCUUGUUCAGAGUGUGUGGUGUGCCUUGAGAACUUUGUGAAUGAGGAGCUGCUCAUGGGCCUGCCCUGUGGCCAUGCCUUUCAUCAGCAGUGCAUUGUGGUAUGGUUAGCAGGAGGUAAGCACUGGUGCCCACUAUGUCGCUGGCCCAGCUACAAGAAGAAAAACAUUGUAGUUGCACUAAGCACCGUCACUGAAAACACACUGCAGAACUGAUUAAUUGUUAUAAUCAAACUCUCCAUCUUAUUGAAGCUUAUUUGACAAUUGCCAUGUUUUACGGUCACAAUUAAUCAAAUUCAAGGUAGACUGGUGAAGCAAUGAAAAUACAUUAACAAUCCAUAAUCUUGGUUGUUUUCAUUCCUAGUAAUAUACAGUCCAACAAUCAUCAUAAGAGCUGAUACAAGCAAGACCCAGGAACAGUGUUUUAUGUAUCAAGAGAUCACCCUGCGUCACAAAGACAGGAAAAGUAGAAAGACAACUAGAAUUAGUUGCUAUCUGCUUGGAUUUUAAUGUGUAUUCUGUAUAUUUAUAAGGAAAUCUGCUUCUGGCCAAAAUAAUAAAGAUGAAAUUUGUCAACA